UCUUUCGCUCGCUUGGCUGGCCACUCCAGGCAUGGGAAGGGAGGACGAGUCUCUCUGCACAGUUGCCGAGCGGCCAGCCGAGUGGAAAGAGAGCGGCACUCCUGGCACAAUUGGAAGGAUGAGCAGGACUGGCAUCGCAGUGGGAUGAAUGAGUUGACGGUCCGGCCCCAGGCCAGACCCUCGUUAAGUCCAGGAAUACGAAUACCACCAUCUCUACUUAAAACUAUAGCAGUAAGGGUUGUUCUUUCCAAAGAGCAAUAAAUCACCUUUCAUUACAUGAAAAUUGUAGUGUGUUGGUGUAUUUCUUAAACAUGGUUUAUGACAGGGAUGGGGAAUCAUUGGCUUGGGAUAGAUUCCAUGUCUUCUCCUCCCCCCCCCCCAGCGAUAGCCUUUUUUUUCCCUUAUAAAAAAUAAACUGGAAAAAGUGAGAGUGUGUCAUUUCAUAUUUUUGGACUGCAACUCCCCAAGAAUUUCCAGGCAGAAUUCUAGGAGUUCCUGCCGGCACUCUCCUGGAACAGGAACUACCUUGGAGGCUACAGAGGCAUGUGUUUCUUGCUUUCAAUAAACAACAACAGAAACCUGUUCUAGUGUUUCCUGGGAGACAACAACUUCCUGCAUCCUCCAGACCAAAAGGGCCUGGUCUCCUGAUCCAGUGAUGGUGGGAAGGGCAAUAUCGACCAGAUGCAGCAGAUGCUGGGAGUUGUAGUGCCACUGCUCAUUAGGCUCUUUGGAGGACGCUUCCCAAAGAACUACAGCUAUCAGGAAGCACUGCACAGGAAGUGGGGGUGAAAAGAGAUGAGGCCACAAUGGAGCUUCUUGAAGAAGAUCUUACAUGCCCCAUCUGCUGCAGUUUAUUUGAUGAUCCACGAGCACUACCCUGUUCACAGAACUUCUGUAAGAAAUGUUUGGAAGGAAUCUUGGAGGGAAAUGCCCGGAACACAAUUUGGAGACAGUGUCUUUUCAAAUGCCCUACAUGUCGGAAAGAAACUACUGUUACAGGUGUUAGCAACCUCCAGGUAAACUAUUCCCUAAAAGGUAUUGUGGAAAAGUAUAAUAAGAUUAAGGUAACCACAAAAAUGCCUACGUGUAAAGUGCAUGGCGGUCAGCCUCUCAAUAUUUUUUGCCAGACAGACACUCAGUUGAUAUGUGGUAUUUGUGCAACUCGUGGAGAUCAUGUAAAGCAUGUGUUCUGUUCCAUUGAAGAUGCUUACUUUCAGGAAAAACUUGCUUUUGAGACCUUGUUCCGGGGCUUUGAAACAUGGCGUUGUGGAGAUGCACUUUCUCGACUAGAUACACUGGAAAACAGCAAGCGGAAAGCCCUUCAAAUGCUGACAAAGGACUAUGACAAAGUAAAAGAUUUUUUUGAAAAAUUGCAACAUACAUUGGAACAAAAAAGAAAUGAGAUACUUUCAGAUUUUGAGACAAUGAAGCUUGCAGUUAUGCAAGCAUACGACCCAGAAAUCAAUAAACUGAACACUAUCAUACGAGAGCAACGAACAGCUUUUAAUAUUGCAGAAGCUUUUAAGGAUGUAUCUGAACCCAUUGUAUUUUUGCAACAGAUGCAAGAAUUUCGAGAGAAAAUCAAAGUGAUCAAGGAAACUAGAUUACCUUGUCUUACAAUAGACAUCAACUCAACAAUUAAAGGCUUUGAUACUAGCCAGUGGGAAAAUUUUAAGUUAGCAGAUGUGGAUAAACUUUCUUUACCUCAAGAAAAAGGAACUUUUAAUCAUGUAGUUUCUGUGUUCUUUUCACCAAAAUUUAUUGUGAUUACUUUACUUUGCCUGCUUAUCCUUGGUAUGAUGCAAAUAUACUCUCUGGAUUUUGUAGCUAAUCGUCUCCAGGACUGGGAAGUUAUUGUUUCUACAUUUAGUUCAGGGUAUCUGGCAGACACAGCAGAGAUGGCCGAUCAUGCUGUGUUUUACUGGGAGAAAAUGACUGACAGUGCUGUAGUGCUAAGUGAAAGAUGUGUAAACUACACCCUUGUAAUUUUGGAUAAUGUUGCUCAAUUUGUGUGCAAAUACAAACUUUUGUAAUUGUAAUCGGUACAAGAAUUAUGUUAAAUUGAUUGCUUUAAAGUAGGGGUUGGUGAACAUGUGGCCUUCUGUGGAAGCAUUCUCAUCAAGGUUGUUAAAGCUGUCAUCUUUUUUUCGGUGCAGAGCAAACUCCUGGCACAGUGACAGCUGCUUCUGAUGAGGGAGUGGCAACUGCUCAUUCUGCCUUUUUUCCUUAGAGUCAGAGCAUAACUUCAGAGGCUUUCUUCCGCCAAUCCUAAGUGGCCAUUAGGUAACUGGUGCCCUAUCUUAAUUCUGUCAACAAUCUGUAAACUUGUUAAGGUUAAUAAAAGGGAGUUCUCAGGGUGUCACCCUGGGGCUCUGCUGGACAUCUUCCUGUUGACUCCUCAUUAACUUCUCUCUAAAGUUAAUUGCUUUCUUUGUUUGGUGAUCACCUAACCAUUAGCCUUUUUGUUUCCCAAUCACUACAGCCUUCCAUGUGUUGCUGGAAUGUAUUUCCAUUAGCUGCACUGCCUGGACUGAUAGGGUUCCAUUACCAAACAUCUGGAGGGCCACAGAUUCUUC